UGACAGCCCAACAUAUAAAAGGGAUUGUCAUAACUCUCGACAGUGUCAAACAUCGCGACUCCAAAGAUGGCAUUUGCUCUUCACUCGUUGUUCCUCCUUUGCGGGAUCAGUGGACUCUUGACUGGAGUCUGGGCUUUCCCUUCAAAAAAAUCCAAUGACCUUGUCUGUCCUAAAGGCUGGACUCUGUUGGACUGCAACUGUUACGUUUACGAGGAUGAACCAAGGACCUUUGCAGAUGCAGAGGCUGUCUGCAACAUUCUUGGUGGGAAUCUGGUGUCCAUCCACAGUGACCUGGAAAAUGCCGUCGUUCAGCAACUGAUUCUCGCUGGUACCAAUGAUGAUGACGAGGCCUGGAUUGGACUUCAUGAUACAAUUUUGGAUGGUGAUUACAUAUGGACUGAUGGCACCGUUGAGGAUUUCCGUAACUUUGGUUCUGGGCAACCCAAUGCACUUAAUGGCAACUGUGUAGCAAUGGAUGAAACAGAUGGACAGUGGGAAUCUGCGCUCUGUACAGAUGACGAUGAAUAUGUUUGCAUCAAGGAAGCGCACCGUGUCUUCCACUAAUCGCUCAUCUUACUUCAGUCACAAUGAAGUUCCAUCAACACAAUGAUGACUCAAUGACAGAAUAUCAUACUUUCGUGGUGUCUUUGUAUUCUUGGGUUUACGAUCAAUUUUCCUUUUCUUCCCUAUUCCACAAUUGUUCCUGACAACCAAUUUGUCACAUCAAAGAGCACCUCUCCAGUCAAUGAAGGAAUCUGUCUGCAU